CAUAGAGGCCGGGAGAAAAGGUGGGCGAGGGGAGACGGGGCAUGGGAAAGGUAAAAAGAAAAGAAAGGCGAGGGAGAGAAGUCGUAGACAGCUAGCUGCUGAUUUCUCGUUUCGUCCCCUUCUACUUCUAAAACAUAAUUAUUUCUCUUUCGUAGAAUCGAAACGAGCAAGGGCAUCCAUCAUCAGCUGAGAUCUAUCUGGUCUCUUCCGAAUCAAAAAGCCCCAAUUUUUCUUCUUCUUCUUCUUCUUUUGGGUUCUUCCUCUUACAGCAGCAGCGAGGAAUUGAUUCCAGUUGUGGGUGAGAUUGAUUGAUCCGUCGAGCGAGAAGAAGAUCCAGCAUGAAGGUGCCUUGCUGCUCAGUUUGCCACACGAGGUACGACGAGAAUGAGAGGAUCCCUUUGCUGCUCGACUGCGGCCACGGAUUCUGCAAGGCCUGCCUGACCCGCAUGUUCUCGUCGUCGCGACACCACCCUCCCUGUCCCGCUGCCGCCAUCCCACGUUGUGGCAACAGCGUACGCGCCCUCCGCAAGAACUUCCCCAUACUCUCCCUCCUCCUCUCCCCUUCUUCCCCUUCCUUUGAAUGCGACUUCACUGACGGGGCGAGGACGACGAUGAAGACGGCGGUGGCGCGAGGAGAGGAGGAGGAGGAUGACGAAUUUGUUGGACGAAGGCGCUUCGCCCCGGCUAUCCGUCGACGAAGAUGCUCCCAGCUCAGCAGCAGCGGGCAGCGGCAGCUGCAGCAAAUGGCGGGGAGGACGAUUACUUUGGCUGCAGCAGCAGCUCCAGGAGCAGGCAUCGCAGGAGCAGGCUGCCCCGGCCCUCUGUGUCUGCAGCUGCUGCUCCCCCAUAGAUCUGGGUCCCACAAUGAUCUGAAGCUGCUGAGGCAGCUCGGCGAGGGGGGGAAGAGGUCUGGCAGGAGACCUGGUCGGCCGUGCUGUCUUCCUCGUCUUCAUCAUCUGCCCCCUCUUCCAGUGGGGGUGGAAGCGGGAGUGGCAGUGGCGGGGGCAAGUGCAAAGCAUCAGGUUGCAGUGAAAAGGUGUGCCGUCACCGGAGACAUGGACGUGGUAGCGGUGCAGGGGAAGCUUGAGAAUCUGCGACGGGCUUCAAUGUGGUGCAGGAACGUCUGUACGUUCCACGGGGCUAUUAGGAUGGAGGAUCACCUGUGCCUCAUUAUGGAUAGAUAUAACAGCUCCAUUCAGGCUGAGAUGCGGCAGAACAAAGGUCGACUUACUCUGGAGCAAAUACUCAGAUAUGGGGCAGAUAUUGCUCGUGGGGUUGCGGAACUUCAUGCUGCAGGUGUUGUAUGCAUGAAUCUAAAACCAUCUAAUCUCCUUCUUGAUGCAAACUGCCGUGCGGUGGUUUCUGAUUAUGGGCUCCUGGAGAUUCUCAAGAAACCUUCAUGUCGAAGAGCUAGAUCUGUUCCUGAGGAAGGCUCUUCAAGGAUGCAUUCAUGCAUGGAUUGUACAUUGUUAAGUCCACAUUAUACUGCUCCAGAGGCAUGGGAACCAAUAAAAAAGUCUUUGAAUCUAUUUUGGGAUGAUGCAAUUGGUAGUAUAUCUGAGGAGUCAGAUGCUUGGAGUUUUGGAUGUACUCUUGUGGAAAUGUGUACUGGUUCCAUUCCAUGGGCAGGGUUAAGCUCAGAGGAAAUAUACCGAGCUGUUGUAAAGGCUCGGAGUUUGCCCCCACAGUAUGCAAGCGUGGUAGGUGUUGGAAUACCUAGGGAGUUGUGGAAGAUGAUUGGGGAAUGUCUGCAGUUCAAGGCAUCGAGAAGACCAACUUUUCAUGCAAUGCUAGGAAUAUUUCUUCGCCAUUUGCAAGGGAUACCUCGGAGUGCACCUGCAAGCCCUGAUAAUGACUUUACGUAUGUUCCUUCAACAAAUGCACCAGAACCAUCCCCAACAUCUGUCUUGGAAGUUUAUCCUGAAAAUCCAAGUGUUCUGCACCAACUUGUAUCUGCAGGAGAUGUAAGGGGUGUCAGGGACCUUCUUGUGAAAGUAGGAAGAAGCAGCAGUUCAGUUUAUUCACUCUUAGAAGCACAGGAUGCGGAUGGCCAUACAGCUCUGCAUUUAGCAUGCAGGAGGGGCUCUGUAAAACUUGUUGAAACUAUUUUGGAGUACAAGGAGGCUGAUGUGAAUAUUUUAGACAAAGAUGGUCAACCCCCAAUUGUGUUUGCUUUAAAUGCUGGUUCUCCAGAGUGCGUUCAUGCUCUCAUCAAUAGGUCUGCUGAUGUUAGUUCUAGGCUGAGACAAGGCUGUAGCCCAUCUAUUGCUCAUUAUUGUGCUUUACAUGGCCAGCCUGAAUGCAUGCGUGAGCUAUUACUGGCAGGGGCUGAUCCUAAUGCAGUAGAUGAUGAAGGUGAAUCUGUACUGCAUAGAGCAGUUGCAAAGAAAUUCAAUGAAUGUGCUAUUAUCAUAUUGGAAAGUGGAGGCUGCAGAUCAAUGGGGAUUCUGAAUGCCCAAAGAAAAACGCCACUGCACUUGUGCAUUGAAUCAUGGAAUGUGGCUAUUGUAAAAAGAUGGGUGGAGGUUGCAUCACAAAAAGAGAUAUACGAAGCAAUUGACAUACCAAGUCCUACUGGAACAGCAUUGUGUAUGGCUGCUGCUCUAAAGCAGGACCAUGAAAUUGAGGGGCGAGAAUUGGUAAGAAUAUUGCUUGCUGCUGGCGCAGAUCCUACAGCUCAAGAUGAACCAUACUGCCGAACAGCAUUGCAUACAGCAGCAAUGGUUAAUGAUGCAGAGUUGAUGAAGAUUAUUCUUGAAGCCGGAGUGGAUGUUGAUAUAAGAAAUGCUCAAAAUGCAACUCCACUUCAUGUUGCAUUAAAUAGAGGAGCAAAUUUAUGUGUUCCUUUGCUUUUAUCUGCGGGAGCAAACUGUAAUUUGCAGGACGAUGAUGGUGAUAAUGCUUUCCAUAUAGCAGCUGAUGCAGCGAAGCUGAUACGCGAAAAUCUUAACUGGAUUGUUCUAAUGUUACAACACCCUUGUCCUGCUGUGCAAGUCAGAAACCACAGGUACCACAACUUUAGACUAAUAUUAUCAUCCUUGCCUCGAGAAUGGAUUUCGGAGCUGAUGGAAGCACUAGCAAAUAAAGGUUUCUAUCUCCGACCAUGUAACUAUGAAGUUGGAGACUGGGUGAAAUUUAGAAAAAGUAUUAAAAAUCCUGCAUAUGGCUGGCAAGGUGCAAGGCAGAAGAGUGUAGGUUUCGUGCAGAAUGUUCUGGAUGAUGAGAAUCUUAUUGUUUCAUUUUGUACCGGAGAGGCUCAUGUUUUGGCGAAUGAAGUUAUUAAAGUGAUACCCCUGAAUAGGGGCCAGCAUGUGCAGCUAAAGGCAGAUGUUAAGGAACCAAGGUAUGGCUUGCGUGGUCAAUCUCGCGAUAGCAUAGGAACUGUUCUUUGUGUUGAUGAUGAUGGAAUUCUGCUAGUUGGUUUUCCUGGAGCUUCCAGGGGAUGGAGAGUCGAUCCUGCGGAAAUGGAAAGAGUUGAAGAGUUCAAGGUCGGUAGCUGGGUCCGUAUUCGUCCCGCAUUAACUACUGCUAUACAUGGUUUGGAAGCUGUAACUCCUGGUAGCAUCGGGAUAGUGUAUUCAAUCCGUCCAGAUAGUAGUCUUUUAUUGGGCCUCUGCUAUUUGCCUAGCCCAUGGUAUUGUGAACCAGAGGAAGUUGAACCUGUUGAGCCAUUCAGGAUUGGUGAUCAAGUAUGUGUAAAGAGAUCUGUUGCGGAGCCUAGAUUUGCCUGGGGUGGUGAGACACAUCAUAGUGUUGGAAAAAUAAGUGAAAUAGAGAGUAAUGGUUUGCUUAUAAUUGAUAUUCCAAAUCGAUCAGCUAUGUGGAAAGCUGAUCCUUCCGAUAUGGAAAAGGUGGAAAACUUCAAGGUGGGGGACUGGGUGAGGGUCAAAGCUUCUGUUCCAUCUCCAAAAUAUGGAUGGGAGGAUGUAACUAGGAACAGUAUAGGAGUUAUACAUAGUCUUGAAGAUGCUGGUGAUAUUGGUAUUGCCUUUUGCUUUAGAAGCAAGCCUUUCUGCUGCUCAGUGGCAGAUAUAGAGAAGGUCCCUCCAUUUGAAGUAGGUCAAAGAAUUCAUGUGACACCAUCUAUUGCUCAGCCACGGCUUGGAUGGUCUAACGAAACAGCAGCCACGAUUGGGACAAUUUCCAGAAUAGACAUGGAUGGAACUCUCAAUGUGAAGGUGGCUGGUAGAAGCAGCUUGUGGAAAGUUUCUCCAGGUGAUGCUGAGCCACUCUCUGGCUUUGAGGUUGGAGAUUGGGUUCGUCUGAAGCCCAACAGCCUUGGAGGGCCUCGGCCCACAUAUGAUUGGAACAGUAGUGGGAAAGAAAACAUAGGUGUCGUUCAUAGCAUACAGGAUUCGGGAUAUCUGGAAUUGGCUGGGUGUUCAAGGAAAGGAAAGUGGAUGGCUCAUCACAUGGAUGUCGAGAAGAUCCCGUGCCUUAAGAUUGGUGAACAUGUGCGUUUCCGUAGUGGAUUAGUGGAGCCAAGAUGGGGUUGGAGGGAUGCUAGGCCUGAUUCCAGAGGCAUCAUAACUGGUGUUCACGCUGAUGGAGAAGUCAGGGUGGCAUUUUUCGGUGUGCGUGGGCUCUGGCGAGGAGAUCCUGCAGACCUCGAGAAGGAGGAGAUGUAUGAGGUUGGAGAAUGGGUGAGGCUAAGAGGCAAUUCGGAUGCUUGGAGGUCCUUGAAGCCUGGGAGCAUAGGUGUGGUUCAUGGCAUUGGUUAUAGUGAAGAUGACGUGUGGGAUGGAACUAUACAUGUUUCCUUCUGUGGUGAGCAGGAGAGAUGGGUGGGCCUGGCUGCUCACCUCGAGAGAGUGGAUAGGCUCUCUGUAGGGCAACGAGUGAGGAUAAAGAAGAGUGUGAAGCAACCAAGGUUUGGGUGGUCGGGCCACACCCACAGUAGCAUUGGCACAGUAUCAUCUGUGGACGCAGAUGGGAAGCUGAGAAUAUACACACCGGCAGGGUCGAAAGCAUGGAUGAUGGACCCAGCGGAAGUGGAGAGAGUGGUGGUCGAGGAGGAUGUGGAGAUUGGAGAUUGGGUGAGGGUUAGGGCGUCAGUUGCAACCCCAACAUACCAAUGGGGGGAAGUCAGCACUUGCAGCAUCGGAGUAGUGCACAGGAAAGAGGAUGGGGAACUGUGCAAGGAGUGGGAGGUUGAGAAAGUGAGGGCAUUUAGGGUGGGUGACAAAGUCAGGAUCAGGCCUGGUCUUGUGAUGCCGAGGUGGGGUUGGGGAUUAGAGACUUCUGCGAGUAAAGGGGAGGUGAUGGGGGUGGAUGCUAAUGGAAAGCUAAAGAUUAGGUUCAAAUGGGGGGAUAGACGGUUGUGGAUUGGUGAUCCUGCUGAUGUUAUACUUGAUGAUGAUGAUAUGUCCUCCGACACGCCUGCCCUUGAUGACUACUUCAGUUCGUAGGAACAGUAGCAGAGGCUCACUCUGAUUCUUUUCUCUUUCUUUUAUUUAUUACAGUUAAUGUUCCUUUUUGAAAAAGGGUCCCAGUGUUUGUAUCAUCGUCAUCGCCAUCAUUAGUUUUAUUGUGAAAUAUUACCAUGGUCGAACUUUCUUCGAGCUGCUUGCGAAGAAUGUCUAUUUUAUCAGCCCCUUUGCCAGCAUGGGGAGAUUCCCUUCUCAAGGCAAUAAAGAAAGUUAAGCCCACGUUGAGUACAUAAGAGGAUUAGUAAGGUUCUGGUUUUCAGUUAUUUGUAUCAUAUAACAUUUCCUUCACGAACAAAAUGAAAGAGCUCACUGUAAAAUUUGUACGUGAUGCUAGUUAGAAAGCUUGCUUGGGUGCUGGAAUCCUGCGUCCUAGCGUUAGUUCUA